AUGACAAAAAAAGGGAAAUCAGUUAGAAUCGCCUCUGAAGAGGAUGAAUCCUUAGUGAUUCCUGACACUCUUCCUUUAGUGCCGCCACCCCCCUCUGCUGCUGGACAACGGAGCAUCACCGGCACCGAUAAAGAAGCGUUUUACAGCAUUGAAAUGCAACAAGAAGAUCCUUUUUUCUAUGAUCAGUCGAGCGACAACGCCAAUAGCACCUAUAACAGAUAUCCAGACGCCAAUGUCAGUAUGUUACCCAGCUCUUCACAUAACUCAUGGUCUUCAAUGAAAACAACUGUAGAUCCGCAUGCUAUCCAGGCACUGCAGGACCCUUUUAAAGAUACCGAUCAAGAACGUACUUUAGCACAUUACGGCACUGCGCUGCCAUCGGAAGAUACCAUGAAAGAAACCGUUCAAGUGCUACGUCAUUUAGAGUAUGACGAAGAAAAACAAGAGCUGGAUGAAGACAGGACUUUGGCAAGCACGGCCAAUUCAACCGUGGCUGCCACCACCACCACCACCACCACCACCACCUCCACAGACGAAGAUGAUAACCAUGACAGCAAAAAGUAUGGGUUUGUUGACAGUGACCACGAAUUUGAUUGGAAUGACGAUCCGGAUCAACAAGCGAAACCAAAGCGCAGAAAGACAGCACGUGAACGAUUCACAGCCGUGAUGAGACGGCCCUGCUGCUGGCAUUAUCUCUCACCUAUCGUAAAACGCAUUCUGAUUGCCCUUUUCGGCUCUUGCAUGUUUAUUACAGUGGCUAUCGUUAUCUAUUUCACUCUUCCAGAACCGACGGAAGCACAACAACAGGAUCCCAAUUUCACCAACAUCAGAAGCAAUGUGCAGUGCUGGAUGUAUUGGGCCGCUUUCAUGUGGCAUAUUUUCUGGAUCACCACUUGGAUGUUGGAUCUAGUCCCUUCGAUCGUCUCUUUGUGGACCAAGCUUUUUAGGGGUCGGAGAUCCGAAAGAGUCAAGUCGUACAUGGAGUACUACAUGAGUCUCAAGCAAUAUUUUGCCUUGGUGUUCUUAGCUGCCUGGAACCUAGGUGCCUGGGCGUUUCUGAUCGAUUAUCCAUUCAAGUCCCUCAAGCUCCAUGCUUAUUCCUUUGUGGUCACCAAGGUAUUCGGCUGUAUUUUAUCUGCUGCCGGUCUCUACUUUAUUCAGAAAUUAGUCAUUCAAAUCAUUGCUAUCAAAUUCCAUCGUACGGCAUUUUCUGACAGAUUGAAAGAAAACAAAAAGAGCUUAAAAAUCUUGGAUACCCUUAGCAAAGCUGAACGAAAAACGCGACCCUCCUCUACAGCUGUCGGAGGUUCAUACAAUAACAACUUACGAAAGCGCCACAAGCACGAUAGUCCAUUCAUCACAUCGCCACCGGGAUAUAGCCAGCUUCAAGAUACCAACAGUAGUGCAUCAUCACCACAACAGAAAAGCUCCUUUUUCUCUCAGUUUAGCAAAUCCGUCUCCAGCUUUGUAUUGGCCGAAAAACCUACCGCCACCACAGGUCGCUUAGAUAAAAACAAGACAGACAUCAACUCGGAUGACUACGCAAAGAAGGUCGCCAAAAAGUUGUUCUACUCCUUAGCCUACCCCGACGGCUUGUAUGGUCAAGAAGAAGAUCCUAAAAAGUGUCUCACCGUCUAUUCUUUCCUUCCCUUCUUUGACACGCGAGAGGAAGCCACCGAAGCCUUUACUAUCUUUGAUAAGGAUGGCAACGGCGAUUUGACGCGUCGUGAAUUCCGUGAUACCGUCGUCUAUAUUUACCGUGAACGAAAGGGCCUUGCUCAGGCGAUUCGCGAUACGAGUCAGGCACUCGGUAAACUGGACACCAUCCUCUUUAUCAUCUUUUUGAUGAUCGACAUCGUGAUCUGCCUUUCCAUUUUCCACGUCGACUUCUGGACCGCCUUGAUUCCUUUUGGUACUUUUUUGGCCGCCUGCACCUUUGUCUUCGAUACCUCCGCUAAAUCGCUCUUCACCGGUAUCUUGUUUCAAUUCGUCACUCAUCCUUAUGAUGCCGGUGACUUGGUCAUGAUUGACUCGACUUACAUGACCGUUGAAAACAUCGGUAUUUUAGGCACCGUCUUUGUCGCCGGGGAUGGCACCAAGACGUACGCCCCUACGUCCGUGCUCCUCACAAAGCUCAUCUCGAACAUCCGUCGGUCCGAGGGCAUGGGUGAGACGUUGACCUUCAAUAUUGAUUUCCGUACGGACAACGACUUGAUUCUGCUACUUCGUGAACGCCUUCUCGAAUGGGUGCAAUCUCAAUCGCGCGAUUUUGCCCCAGGAUUUGACCUGAGAGUCACAGAUAUUAAGGACAUGAAUCAAGUCAUUCUCACGUGUUGGCUUCCACAUAAAAGCAACUGGGUUGAUCUCGGUAAACGCUUUCAACGAAAAACACGAUUCAUGCUCGCCUUGAAAGCCAUCUUGACCGAUCUUGGCAUACAAUAUGAAUUACCUGCUCAAAGAAUCACUUCUACGUCCUCCUUGGAUAAUCAUCCAUUUACUACCGUCAAGCCACAAAACUUUGCUCAACAACAAGAAAGCCGCAGUGCGUAG